AUGAGCAAGACCAACAACACAUCCCUGGACACGUUGGUCACAGAUUUCAUUCUCCUGGGCUUGUCUCACCCCCCGAAUCUGAGGAUCCUCCUAUUCCUGGUCUUCUUCAUCAUUUACAUCCUGACUCAGCUGGGGAACCUGCUCAUUCUGCUCACCAUGUGGGCUGACCCAAAGCUCCAUGCACUCCCUAUGUACAUCCUUCUGGGCAUGCUCUCAUUCCUGGACAUGUGGCUUUCCUCGGUCAUCGUUCCUAGACUUAUUUUGGAUUUUGCUCCUGCCAGCAAGGCUAUCCCAUAUGGUGGCUGUGUGGCUCAGUUGUAUUUCUUUCACAUUCUAGGCAGCACCGAAUGCUUCCUCUACACCUUGAUGGCCUAUGACAGGUACCUGGCAAUAUGCCAGCCCCUGAACUACCCUGUGCUCAUGAAUGGGAGAUUAUGCACUAUCCUUGUGGCUGGAGCUUGGGUAGCUGACUCCAUCCAUGGAUCUAUCCAGGCCACCCUGACUUUCCACCUGCACUACUGUGGGCCCAACCGGGUGGAUUACUUUUUCUGUGACAUCCCAGCAGUGUUGAGACUGGCCUGUGCUGACACAACUGUCAACCAGCUCGUGACCUUUGUGGACAUGGGAGUAGUGGCCGCCAGCUUCUUCAUGUUAAUUCUGCUCUCCUAUGCCAACAUAGUCCAUGCCAUCCUGAAGAUACGCACCGCCAAUGGGCAGCGCAGGGCCUUCUCCACGUGUGGCUCCCACCUAACUGUGGUCACUGUCUACUAUGUUCCCUGUAUUUUCAUCUACCUUCGGGCUGGCUCCAAGAGUCCCCUAGAGGGAGCGGUGGCUGUGUUUUACAUUGUUGUUACUGCAUUACUGAACCCCCUCAUCUAUACUCUGAGGAAUCAGGAUAUGAAGUCUGCUCUGAAGAGGCUAACAGCAGUUCAAGGAGCUGCAAAUGAAAAUGAGUAAAUAAAGGCUCAAGAACCACCUAUAUCACCAUUGCUACCACUCUUUUCAGCUACUUCUGUAUGUGGCUAAUGAUCAAUAAAUGAUUGGUGAUUUAAACUGAAUUGAACCUAAUUCUAUUUGGAGAAAAGUUCUGAACUCUUUAGAUCCAUAAUCUUUUCAUCUCAUUAGAUUGGUUCCAAUUUUUUUAUAUUAUUUGUUUAGAAAUAAAUGGAUAUAUCUCUCUUCUACCUCUGACUUG